UUUCAGAUGCACUGUCUGAGCAUGUGCUUGUGGAAUCUCCAGUUUCUUUGAUGUGUUUGGAUGCUGCAGACAGACCCACCUCAAACCCCGUUCCUGUCCCACCUCAAACCCCGUUCCUGUCCCACCUCAAACCCCGUUCCUGUCCCACCUCAAACCCCGUUCCUGUCCCACCUCAAACCCAAUGACGGUUUUGCCUGACCUCGGGAUUUUCCAUGUGGCACUACCUGGGCACCUCCACAGGCCAGACUGAGCCUUUCAGCUUUGCAGUUUUGGGGAAGCUUGGGGCAAAUCAGCGGGGCAAAGGGUGAAAAGACACAUUAACGUCUGCCCAUUCUGCACAGUGUCCUCUACACAAGACCUUGUUCUGUUGUCCUGAUCUGUCAUCGCUGCCAUCUCCACUCACCAUGAACACAAAUGUGCAUGUUGUGCUUUAAUCUUCCUACCUGUAGUUCAGCCAGGCUGAACCAGGUCACUGUUUGGAUAGGAGACCUUCCAGGAGAGUUUACUCACAGUAGGAAACACAGCUCACUUACUGAUACAUAUUUUUCUAUUACUGGACCCAGCCUUGAGCCUUCUGGUUCUGGGGAUGAUGACCCGUAGAAAUUCCAGCUUUGAAUAGAAUAAAAGCAAGUUCUUGGGCAUUUCUGAUCAUGAUGGAACUUUUUGCAGUUUACUGCAGAGUAGGAGAGUGUCCUGGCCGAAUUCCACCUUGGGUGAUUACGUUCAGCUGACUGAAAAUGAUCAGUAGCAAUUGCUGCAUUUCACUGUUGGGCAGAGCUCCACACAGGGGUUUAAAUCUGUAAAGUGGCUUAGGCUAAAGCAGAAAGGAAAAGAAUUACAGAAAUGUCCCUUUAACCCUAAUUCCUGGAGGCCUUGUGAGUCUUGGCAGACUGCUGUCACAUUCCUCUAAAUGCCAGUGAUCCAGCUGGUGGGGCAUUCCUUGGAAUGCCUGUCCCCCAUCACAGGAUGGCUGUCAGAACAGUGGUGCUUUGUGUAGGGCACAUACACAUCCCCACACAUCAAGCAAGGAAACAAACAGAAUGGGUGAAAAAAAGAAGUAAUAAAAAGAAUACUCAAAGUUUUCUUUGUGAUGGUGUGGUUCAGGCUGAUCCGUGGUUGGUGUUUUGUUCUCAAAAAAGCUGAGUGCUCCUUUGGCUCAAAAAGGUAGAGAAACACUGAUGUAAGAUAUGGAAGGCAUAAUGGAAGAGUGUUUUCUGUUAUAUAUGCACCCCAAUGUAUAACAGUUUAUUUUUUCUCUCCCUGAUUUUUCAUCCUUUAUUUUGUACCCAGAUUUUCUUGCUCCUGUUUGAAAUAUGCCUUAUAACCUUACAAGUUUUCAGAAGACCACUGUGUUUCACUGGGAUAAGGAAUAUUGCAUCUGCUUCAUAGCAGGAGGAUGUUGGUUCAAAGAGAAUCAUUUCCCCUGACCUCCAUUUGCUAAUGGCUCAGCCUGAUCUAACUGGCACACAGAUAAACGUGCUGUUAAACAAAAGUUACAGUAGCAGGAACCAUCUCAAUGCCCCAAGCUCCUCUGCCCGUGUUGGUGGCUCUCUGUGAUCAGCCAAAAGCCGAGCGACGCAGGCCUGAGCGCUGCUCCCGAGGAGUUUGGGUGUGAAUGGACAGUGCUGUCACCCCUGAGAGAUGAGACAAAGGACCCCGCACCCCGACAGCUCUGCGAGCUCCAAAGAUGAGAGUCCUGCACACCGAGUUCCGUGCUUUGUCUCCAGAGUGAUCUUCGUUCCUGUUAAGCUCACCUCACUGCUCGUCACGAGUUUUGCUUUUGGGAUUUAGACCACUUCAUUUUAUCCCUCCCGUUUUACACAAAGACUGUUAAUAGGACUGUUAGUGGAAUGAGCAAAGCCAAUACUCACAGGGUUUAACUUUGUACCAAUAGCACCUUUUGCCCCAGAAUGCCUUACCAAUGCCACCCAGCACGCGUGUCCCAGUGUACGACUCGGCCUGACGUUUCCGCUGGCUUAGGCACCCCCUCAGCCUCCCGAGCUGACUUUUAGGGACAUUUCCGCACGUAGCAUCUCAUCCAACCAGUCAGACACCACCUGUCUGCCAGGUCCAGGAGCUCUCUCCGUGAAUGUGCUCAGAGCUAAAGACAGCACGCGUGCAGCCGGCGGGCAGAUGCCGUCCACCUGAGCUGCGGAGGUGCCCGAGGGAUGGCACAGGGAGGGGAGGCUGGCGCUCCUCCCGUGCGGCUCUGGGUGCGGCGCGUGGGGGUUUACUGCGAUGAGCACCGCAAAACCUGGCUCGUGGCUGCGGAAGAGGCAAGUGUGUGCUUUGAGCUUCCCCCUGGUUGUAGCGUUGCUGUUUCAGGUGCCUCUGCCAGUAACUGCCUGCUCUGUUUGUUACUUUCCCCCAGGAGGAAGCUUGGUGGUGUUGAAGAACUGCUGCUUAAACUCGUGCCUGGGGAUUAAUCUGCUCCUGAACAUGUCCCGGAAGGAUCCCUGCCAGAAACAAGCCUGUGAAAUACAGAAAUGCUUGCAAGCAAACAACUACCUGGAGUCCAAGUGUGAAGCUGCACUUCAGGAGAUGCGGAAAUGCUGCGCUCGGUACCCCAAGGGCAGAUCCAUCUGUUGUUCAGGGUUUGAGAGAGAAGAAAGGGAGAGAGAAAAGGUUAAGUUGACUUCAGAAGGAAUUUCCCCACCACCUCAGUAACACAAUGCAGCUCCAGCAGGUGCUGGAGCAUGGACUCACUUGAAGAGCUCAUGUGUGUUUUUUCAAGCCUUCUUUAGACUUUCAGAAAAGCCAGAUUGCUCCUGGAACACACCGUUCAGCACACCAAAAAGCAUUACACAGUACCAACAUAUGGCCUGGUUAACAAACUUUAUUUUCUGUAUGAAAACAUAAUCUAUGUUGCCUCUGCAUCACACCUGUGAAAUGUCAACUUGAUGUUUUUAGGAUGCUUACCUUACUCUAAUCCAUCCUUGCUCUAAAAAUGGAGAAUUGGAACAGUUAUUCUGGCUUCUGGAGUGAGAGGUACAGGAAAUGAGCUCAGAAGAGUGAGUUUAAACAUGAAGCCCAUCUUGAUAAAACAAAGGUAUUGCUGCCACCAUGCAGUAGUUCCAGACAACAUUUGCCUGUCCAGUGGUUCAAGCUCAAGAAUGGGAAUCAGGUCUGAUGAUUGUUCCUAAGUCUUGCAUAGAUCAUGAGUGACUACAAGUCACUUUGCCUAAGUGCCUCACUUUUCCACUGGACAGAGUUUAUUUUAUAUUUGAAUUGACUACACGCUGCUAUUUGCAUGAUAAAGAUGUUACAGGAAUAUUAUUUCAGGGAUUGCUACAGGGAUAGGAUAUUUUUUUAAAAAAGCAAUAUUCAUUUGAAAGAUUUGACUGUUGAUACAAAAUUUAUAAAUUUAUGUCUAAUUGAACACCUUUAAGCAAUAUGCUUUGAAUCCAAGUUUAAUUAAAACUGCUGAUACCCAAAGGCCUAUCACAGAGCCCUGGGCUAGAUCCAAGAACUGACUUAGGUGCUGCUUACUAAACAAGCAGUUGUAGGCAGUUAUUUUCCACACAGCAUUCCAGACUCACUCCCAAGCUGGCUGUGUCUGGACCCCAGGAGAGAUGGCUUUCCAGAAGCUCUUGGCCAUGCAGCAGAAUUUCCUGUGACCUGUAGGAAGAGCUCAUAGACAGGUUCCUGCACCACCCUUCAGAGCUGCCUGUCUCGCUGUCCCCUGUAGCAGGAGUCCAGGCACCCAAAUAUCAGGCUCCCAACCCACUAGCCCUAACUCUGUAUUAGAUCUAGCCGUAAAGGACUUUUGUGCUGUGAUCAAGUACAACUUAAUUAUGAAAUAGAGCUUCUAUAAACCACUGAGGUCUAGGCACAAUAGUUGUGUGUACUGAAGCCUAGAAGAGCAAACCAUCUGUAUUCACUGCUCUGAAAUACCAUGGUACAAAAUAAACGACUGGAACAAAU